UUUUAUUUUUUUUUUUAAUUUGCCCUGAUAAUGGGCUUUUAUAUAUGAUUUUGGAAAGAUCAUAUCUGAGCAUUCACUACGAAAACGCACCGUGCACUAAUAUGUUGCUAUUUAUUUAUUAAUUAAUUCAUUAUUUAAUAGCCUUUCAAAAUACAAGUACAGUGUGCAUCGUAAAUGUUGUUUAUAAAAUGCGCUGCAAAUGUCAAGAAUCAUCCUGCAAAGUCUAACUUUCUUUCAACAGUCGAGACAACGUUUAUCCAAACUCCCGUAAUUAGAGCGAUUGGCGGCGCCAAGAGUUCUGUCUCUAUCUAAGAUAGCCGGGAACCUCAUUAGCCCCUCCCCCGUCCUCCCUCCUCAGAGCAUACCGAUUCAAGGGUGGCGCUUGCCGGCCGAGGAUACUUAAGGAAAUCGCUCUGAGUGCCGAAAAUUCAUUUCACCCUCGAUCGUCGACCGCGCAAGAGAGCCUUCAGAUCGGAGUGCUUGCGUAACCAAGUCCAGUGUUGUGUUUAUUUACAAACAAGUGUCAUUCAGUGUGCGUACCUCGUGACGAUCGCGCAUUGCCACGCAGCCUUGCGAGCCUUUCAAAAUCAAAGUGUCGACCACGUUAGGAUGGUGAACAAAAGCGUCUCUCAGCCGAUGAGCAUCGAUCCUUACGAGGGCGAGAGCACGAUGUACGUGGACGAAUACGAGGAGCCGGCGAAGAACCAGGUCGAUCAGCGCAGAUUCUCCUACGAGGAGCACCAGCUUCUCAGCUCGUUCCUCCUGUCGAGCAUCGAGGUGCGCGACUCCAACUACCAGACAGCUCUGCACCUGGCCUGCCAGUGCGGACGGCACGAGAUGAUCGAGUUCCUGCUGGCCCACGGCGCCCAGGUUAACGCCGUCGAUGUCUGCGGCAGGACAGCGUUGCACUUGGCGGCGGAGAGACGGGACGUCCGCGCCGUCGAACUGUUGAUCGGUGGUGGCGCUAAUCCCAGAAUGACCACUCUGUCCGGAUACAGCCCGCUUCUGCUCGCCGUGCAAGCCGGCUGCACCGUAAUCGUCGAGAUCCUCCUGAGCUACGGCUGCGACGUCAACGAGCUCGUCCUCGACCAGGACAUCGGUACGAAGUACACGUGUCUGCACACAGCCGUCGAGAGAAACUUCACUGCGAUGGUCGAAACUCUCCUGCGCUGCAAUGCCGACGUGAACAAGCGCGACGGCUACGGGCACACGUCGCUGCACUCCGCCGCUCGCCUCGGCCGCCUGGAAAUCAGCCGUCUCCUGCUGGCCUACGGCGCCGGAGUCCACGAGCGAGACAACAAUCAGCGCACCGCUCUGUACUUCGCCGUAGAAGCUGGCCACCGACACCUCUUCGACCUGCUCCUUCUCCACGGCGCCGACCUGCACGAUCGCGGCGUCUCCGGCACCAGCCUGCUCCACCUCGCCGUCAGGCGCGGCGACCUCGAAUUCGUGGACUUCCUGCUGGCGAACGGCCUCGACGUCAACGCGGCCACCAAGUUCGGCCAGAGCCCAGUCCACUGGGCGAUCGUCGAGAGGAGGUGGACCGGCCUGGAGCUUCUGCUCAGCCGCGGCGCGAACGUCAACCAGCGCGAGCACUGCGGCAAGACGCCGCUUCAUUCCGCCAUCGAGUUCGGCAGGAAGGAGGCCUUCGAGAUCCUGCUCAGAUACAACGCCGACACCAACGCCCAGGACAACCUGCUCCAGACCCCUCUGCACGCCGCCGCCAGGGAGAACUGGCCCGAAACCGUGCAGUUGCUGCUGCAGCGCGGCGCGGACCUCGAUGCCAAGGACGGCAACGGACAGACGCCUCUGGACAUCGUCAGCGACAGGGCGAAACUCUGCAACUCGGAAACCAUCAGGACGAUGCUGAGAAUACUCGCGCAAAACAUGCUGAAGAGGAGCGUCGCGGGAUUCCGCGUCGACGAUAGCGCCAAGGUCAAAGACCUGAUGCAGCGGGAAGAAGCCGCAGGCUUUAGGGAACAGUGCGCCGACGAGAUCAAGAGAAUGUCCGAGUCCAGGAUGUUCGGGGACGUGACGUACUACGACUUUUUCAAGGGCAACAGGCGCAGCCUCGUCUGCUUCGUGAAGAACAAGGAGGUCGACGCGGUGUUCGAGCAGCACGUACAGAAAUCGGCGUUCCCGAUCUACGCGGACGUGCUCGAGCAGAACUACGCGAUCGGCAAGAAGUUCAAGACGAUCCUGGAAGACGCGACGGAGAGACUCAGUGCAGUGUGUGGGCACAGGCUUCCGCGCGUGCCCGUGGAGAGGAUCGCGAGCUACAUGAACGCCGCGGACAUGAAGAACCUGCUGUUAGCGAUACCUGAGUUACCGAUCGCUUUCGCGAAACAGGAGUGAUGAGAGCGAUUAUUCGAUGAAUGAUGUUAAUCUAUGUUUAUAGGAGUAUAUAUACAUGCACAGAUGCGAAGCGAAAGUUAUUCAUUGAGCAGAAGGGAUUUUCUAAAACGUACGCUUUGAGUCAUGUAUAUAAACAAUACGAUGUUGGCAAAAUCCAAAGAACCGAUCUAUUGCGAUAAGUCAAAGUAUGUACAUAUUAUGUAAUAUUCGGACUGUAAAUAGCACGCUGCUUACCAAAAUAAUAUAUUAAAUUAAAUAAUUAUA